CGAUUUAGCCGGUAUACACGACGCCGUGACGCAAGAGGUUAAUGCACCUAUUAGUUACAUUUACAUUCCGAACCGGUAAACGUCAACAGGGACAAGAAUUAGCUUGUCAAAUGAAUUCUUUGCCACGUUGGCUUGUAUGUUAGGCGCGCGCAUUCCGCGAGUGUCGUCCACGAGUUCGCGAAGGAAACAGUCUCGUUCGUGCGAUCUCGCGGAGGAAACAAAAAGACUGACGGUUGACUUCGUGUCGGCAGGUGUGAUUGUUAUUUGAUUGUUCGAUCGCCGAAAUUCUGGCAGAUCAUGAUGCGACUGAGCCUCACGCUCGUGCUUCUUAUCGUCGCCGGUUCGCACGUUUCCACCGGCGAGGAUUGCAAAGGAUGUGUUCCUCUGGAUUCCUACUCGUUUGACAAGGUGAUCCCCAAGUUCAAAGCAGUGCUCGUUAAGUUCGAUGUUGCAUUUCCAUACGGUGGCAAGCACGAGCAGUAUGCAACUGUAGCAGCCGACACAAGGGACUCAUAUGACCUUCUAGUAGCGACAGUAGGCGUGAAGGACUUUGGUGAUAAAGACAACUCCGACCUGGCACAGCGCUAUAAUAUCAAGAAGGAGGACUUCCCGGUAGUUUUACUGUUCGUGCAGGGCAAGUCAAAGCCAUUCAAAUUCGUCACUGAGAGAGAUUACGACUUCACUGGCGAAUAUCUGAAACGGUUUAUCCGAUCCAACUCGAGAGUAUACCUGGGUCUGCCAGGAUGUGUGGAACGACUGGAUAGGCUAGCCGAAGAAUUCAAACUUGCAGGAGAACAAGAAAGACAGGAAAUAUUAAAAAAGGCUAGAAUCUUCGAGGAGACUUUACCAGAGGAGCAACGAGAGGCUGCGAAAGUUUACGUGAAAACUAUGGAGAAGAUCUUGGAGCGAGGAGAUAUAUUCGUGCAAACGGAAGAGACGCGAGUGCAGGGACUUCUUUACCAGGGAAAACUAUCGAACCAAAAGAAACGCAAGAUGGAGGAGAGACGAAACAUUUUGCAGUCUUUCUCGGCCAGGGACGAACUUUAGAGGACUUAGCGAAAAUUCGACUUUUCAAUGAUCAUCCAAGCAUCAUCUGAUAAUUCAGUUUCAGUACAAAUACCGACUGUUUAAUUGUUACUCUGAAUUAUCUUAUAUGCUGGAUAAAAUGUUAUAUGAGCGACGAUAGGAAUAGAAUUACUAUCGCCUGAUAUUCCAAACACCGCAGUAUUUCUUUACAUUUAUUUUUUGUCGCGUUGUAUGUGUAUGUAUAUAUGCACAGGAAAAAAUGCAAUAUUAUUUGAGACACUCUCUUGCGUGCGAUUUGUUCCUUUGUAUUAAACGCUUUAUCCUGUUAUAUAGAUGAUAUAAAUGCAAAACAACUAGGCCAAUAAGCAUUAUAGAUGUAUAGGAUUCUAUAUUUAGAGAUAUCUGUCAAAUCAGUUAAGUAAUACUACAGUUUAAUCUAUCGCAUAAAAAUUACAUACAAUCAAAAAAACUGAAAAUUCUCUAAAAGAAAAGGACAAUUUUGAUAGGUUGUGGGUUAAGAUGUUAUAUUGUAAACAAAGUAAAUAAAAAUUUCAUCAAUUUUAUACCGAUAUCGUGAUACACGCUCACAUUUACGCACACACACUAAUAUCUGCGGUCUCCUCAACACGCUGUUUGCUAUUUUUCAAAGCAUACACGAUGUAAUCAUUAACAAACGAACGAACAUGUGAUAUAAUCCGCAAAUCGUCUUGAAUUCUCGAAAGAGUAAUUUCUAGAAUAAUAAGAAAUAAAACGCGAGAAGUUUCUUGUGCGUGCA